UAUGUUUGCUGAACCUUUUUGUCACGCCACUUCCUGUCAAGCCUCUGGCUGGAGGAGGAACACGUUCCACGCUGCACAAUACCAAGAACAAAAGGGCACGGCAGCGGAUCCGGGAAGGCUUUGGAUUUGUUUACAAGACAAGAUGUAUUAAUAUCACGCGGCGGAAUGAUUUGAACCAUUCCUGGCUAUUUUUUGCGUACAGAUUAAACAAUACCACGUCGGAUGUAUGAAUCAUUGGGGGAGCGAGCGCAAACAAUAAAAGCACCACUGGCCGCAAAUCUGUGAGGGGUCGCUUCUAUUUCAAGGAAAACCAUGAUAUUGAUAGCGUGUGUUGAUUUUCAUCCGUCGCACUCCGUGACGAGUGAAAUGAAUGUUUCGUGGCCACGUUCCUAAAUGGCUGGAGGCUGACUAUUGAUCCCUGAGUGUUGGGCGGAGGACAACGAUCUCAACAAGAUUGCUUUUUUUUUUUUCUCAUCGUCAACAAAAGCAGCUGCCACAUGUGCUAUCCAGCGACCCGGAGUGAGGAACGGGAAGGAAGUGGCGUUGUUAUGAUCCGGCCGGCAGAUCUUGGGGAAAGGUUACAAGUGGGUCAGAGAUGACAGGGACGCCAUUUUGCAAAAUGUGCCCAGGUCGCCUUUUGGAGCGCAACGUGGCCGGCCGUUGAGACUCUCCCGAGACUGGUGGCCAGAUGAAGGCGGGGCGCACCACCACACAUGAAAGGAAACUUAAUAAUGCAUACUCAACCUCAUUCUGUCCAACUGCAUUUCCAAUACACGUCCGUCCCGGUACCGGGAGUGGAGGCGGACCCAAAGCCCAAUUCUUGGGUGGCAAUAAAGUAUCUAUCUGGCGUGUCAAUAAAGUAUCUCUCUCUCUCUCUGUCUGUCUUUCUCUGUCUGUCUUUCUCUCUCGCUAUCUCUCUAUCUCUCUAUCUCUCUAUCUCUCUAUCUCUCUAUCUCUCUAUCUCUCUAUCUCUCUAUCUCUCUAUCUGUCUCUCUAUCUCUCUAUCUGUCUCUCUAUCUCUCUAUCUCUCUCGCUAUCUCUAUCUGUCUCGCUAUCUCUAUCUGUCUCGCUAUCUCUAUCUGUCUCGCUAUCUCUAUCUGUCUCGCUAUCUCUAUCUGUCUCGCUAUCUCUAUCUGUCUCGCUAUCUCUAUCUGUCUCGCUAUCUCUAUCUGUCUCGCUAUCUCGCUAUCUCGCUAUCUCGCUAUCUCUCUAUCUCUCUAUCUCUCUACCUACCUACCUACCUACCUACCUACCUACCUACCUACCUACCUACCUACCUACCUACCUACCUACCUACCCUACCUACCCUACCUACCCUACCUACCCUACCCUACCCUACCCUACCCUACCCUACCUACCUACCUACCUACCUACCUACCUACCUACCUACCUACCUACCUACCUACCUACCUACCUACCUACCUACCUACCUACCUACCUACCUACCUACCUACCUACCUACCUACCUACCUAUCUAUCUAUCUAUCUCUCUCGGCUGUGCUUGCAACGCCAUGGCAGCAGAAGGAUGGCUUUGGAAGCAAAGGCUGAGUGGGCCGGUCAAGAGGCGGACAUGCUUUACGAGCGCCGAGCGUUGGCCAACAGCGUUACGUAAGAAGCGAGCGGCAUUUGCGCACCAGGUGUUGAUGAUGAAAACAGACAAGAUGAAAAGCAACGGGCUCGGAAAAACACAACGCACGUUGCGCUUCGGCCCCAGGGAAGAAAAUGUUGAGGGGGCAGGGGCUAAUGUAAAUAAAACAUGCGCUGGCUGCUUUUCCUUUGGUUUGCCUUUUAUCAUCUCUCACUUUCUUCCCCUUUGACUCGGUUUUGACUUAAGGGAUGAAAUUUGCGUUGCAUUCAAGUUCCUCGCCGGACACGACUGCAUUACAUUACAGAGAGCUAAGGAUAGCC